AGUUGCACAGAAGAAAACCAUCAUCAGUCCAUUAUCAACUCACCCAUCAGAGACACCUGUGUCAUCUGACAUUUGUUCCAAUUCUAAAGAAACUUCUGUUUUCUCUUAAAACCCCUGAGAUGUCAGGAACACAACACAAUGUUCAAGAGAGUUACCAUUACGCUCUGGAACAGCCACUGGUUUGGAUGAAUCAUCUACAUCAUCCAGGGUGUCAGCAUCAGUCCUUUCAAAAUCAACAAUAAUCAUUAACACUAUUGAGCCUUCAGCUUUACCUGAAGAGUCCCCAGAACAGACAACUUCAAAGUUGCAAAAAGAAAUCAUAAGCAUGGUAGUGCCGGACUGUACAUCACCCAGUGACCCUGCUAUAGAACAGUCACCUGCUGUCAUUCAUCUGAGGUCCAUCAAACCCAAGGACCCAUCUGACCCUCAUUUACAGAUGACUAAAAGACAGUUCUUGGCCCAAUUAGCUGUAUCACCGAUUGUGCAAGACCCAAAACAGCCCCCCACCAAUGACUCUGUAGAUACCAACAGUUCCUGUCCUACAACCAGCACCAGUGACAAAAAACUGUUACAAAAAGACGUCCUUGUGGCCAAUCUCAGACAUCACCUCAAAACUCACAUUCAGGCUGGAAACUCAGAGACAAGUCAGGAGUCAUGUACGGAAACAGAGACUCUCACUAGAUGCUCUAACGACGCUAAAUUAGAAGAAGACAGUCCAGAGGACACAAGCACAGCCAUUGAACCCAUUCCUCUUAGUCCCAAAGAACAAGGAACGGUUUUGGAUGUAACCUCUCCUAAAAAGACAAUCAGUGAUCCCUCUCCUAUCACUACAAGGAGAUCUGGUAUAUGUAAAAACAGUGCAAGUUCCAAGAGAUCUCUAAGGGGUCUUUCCCCUGUCAGCUCAAGAAGGUUCAAAGCCACUGGUGAAUCCAUGCCUGUGAAUUCCAACAGCUCAAAUUCAGGCAGAGAUUGCAUUGAUUCAAAACAUACAAAGACCUCUUCUGUGAGUCCUCGGACGUCUAACUCAACUGUAGAAAGUGCUUCCCCUAAAAAGACCAGAAACACUUCUGUUAGUCCUAGGAGGUCUAAUUCAACCAAACCAAGUGCUUCCCCUAAAAAGACCAGAAUCACUUCUGUUAGUCCUAGAAGGUUUAAUUCAACCAAACCAAGUGCUAUUCCUAAAAAAGAUCAGAAACACUUCUGUUAGUCCUAGGAUGUCUAAUUCAACCAAACCAAAUGCUAUCCCUAAACAGACCAAAAACAUUUCAGUUAGUCCUAGGAGGUCUAGUUCAACUAAACAAUGUUCUACCCCUAAAAAGACAAAAAUAACGCCUGUUAAUCCUAGAAGGACUUGUUCAACUAAAGAAAUCACUAGUCCCAAGAAGAUCAAAACCACUUAUGUGCAUCCCAGGAGGACUAGUUCAACUGGAGAUGGUCCUAGCCCAAAAAGUAAAAAAACAGUUGGUUCUCCUGCUGAAACCCCUAAAAGGACUAGAUCGUUUUCUACUCGUCCUGGGACAUCUGGUUUAGGUAAAAAUGAUUCUAGCCCUAAAAUACCUACCAAUGAUGGUGCUUCCUCUAGAAAUGCUAAAAGUAGAACUAAUCUCCAAAAUGUUGGAAGGACUAAAUUGGCUGAGGGUUUUAGUUCUAGUAAGACUGGGGAAUCCACACCUGCCAAGAAACCCAAAUUAGCUCAAGUUCCUUGUCCAAAGAAUAAUUUAAGAGGGGUCAAUUUGAAGAAUUCUCCAAAAGACAAAACAGUAGCUAAAAUAGAAAAUCAAUCUAAUCUACUAAAUGGAGCCAAAACAAGCCAGUUAGCAGAGAACAGUGCUAGCACAGAGAAUGUAAAGAAAUGUACAGCUAAAGGUUUGUGGACUCCUCCUACACUGCUAAUCGGUAAAACCCCUUUAGCGUUGAGAAAGAGGUCAAUGCAAUUAGAGACUGAAUCCCAGGAUCAGACAUUAGUUUACCCCCCCAGUGUUUCUCGCCAUCCAAUCCCUGUCAAAGCACCAGCUGUUGUAUCACCAUUACAGCCUUUAUCAGUCAUUGGUUGGCGUCUCUUGAAGAACCAGUGUGGGGAGUGUGGGCGUGUCCUCAGCAGCAAUGCUGCUCUGGAGAGCCACGUCAGUCUCCAUGCUGGUCGCCGUCCUUUCUCCUGCACACUUUGUGGAAAGCGCUUCCCAGACUCAAAGGGUCUAAAACGGCAUGGACGAGUGCACCGCAAUGGUAGGAUCCAUAUCUGCAAGCAGUGCGGGAAGGGAUUUGUCUACAGUUUUGGCCUUACCAAGCACCUCCAGAUAGUGCACGGCAGGGAUCAAGCCUUUUGUCUGCCAGGUCUGCAACAAGGGAUUUUUCUCAAAGCGAGAUGUGGAAGCCCACAUCCGGAUCCACACAGGAGAGAAACCAUUCCAUUGCAACCUCUGUGAAAAAAAAUUUGCAAGGAGGACAGAACUAAAUAUGCAUUUGAGGUGGCAUAAUGGGGAGAAGAGACAUUGGUGUCCAUACUGUGGGAAAGGAUUUUUAGACCUCAAUAACUUGAAAAGGCACAAAUAUACUCACACGGGAGAGAAACCACACUCCUGUCCACACUGCCCAAAGAACUUCUCGCAGUCAGGCCACCUGAAAAAGCAUGUGAAGAAUGUCCAUAAAAUCCAAUGAGAGAUGGGCAUCCACUGAAAACAGUUUUUUAUGUAUUUUUAUUUAAUUACUGAAAUUGUAACAAUUGUAUUUUUAGACUUGUUACAUACAGAUCCUGUUUUUUUGAUGCCGCUUUAUUUUGAAGUGAAAGUAAAUAUGAAGUUUCUGUUAGCAGAUUACAUUAUUAUUUCAUUGUUUUCAUAGUUUUAAGUCAUGAAAGAGUAGUUCUUGGGAACAUUUCGAUGGGAUCUUAAAUGUUAAUGCCAUGUCUGCGUACGGAGUGUGAAGCGAGGAGUCUUUUGGCUUUACAAGAAGGCUGGAAAUAUACAUUUGUGCUGAUUCUUAAAAAAAAAAAAAGAAGUAUGGUAGUCCUUUGUAUGUUUAGAUUUAUUAAAAAAAACAACUGUUAAUGGUAGAGCUUCAAAUGUGCUGGAUGCCUUUUCAGGUUUUGACAACAUAACGCUAGCCGUUUCUCCCUCACACCAGUCUUUAUGUGGAGCCAGAAAGGUUCUCUUCACACUCCUCCUCCAACACACAGUGCAGUAACCCCUAUUGUAAAAGAAGGAUGGCCUUUUUAACCCUUAGUGUGCAUGGAAAGAGCUUUUUCUUUUGAUGUUUUAAUGGAGAGGGAAAACUUUUAUCUUUGUCAUUUUGUUAAAAUAAUUAUUACCUUCAUUUUAAAUAUCAGAACCAUUGUUAACCUAAUGCUUUCCUUAUUUAUUUAUAUUUUUAAGUAUUGGUAAUUAGAUGAUAACUGCAGGUUUUUCUAACAACCUUGUUCCACACACAUUUUAACCCCCAGCUAGCUUCUAUGAUGUUGAAGAAACAUUCAUUGUGGACAAGGGUUCUUCGUGAAACCUGCUGAACGCAUGAGUCGUAGCACAUUUUGCUGUCAAACAUUUUCUUCUAUUUUUUGACGCAAAAAAAGAAUGAACAGAAUAUUGCAAGUGUACAAAGUGUUGUGAUAUAACUUUAGAAGUGUAAAUAAUUUUGACUGCUGUACAGUGUGAAAAAAAAAAAUCUGAUUUAAUUCGGUUUUCUUAUUGAUCAGUUACAAUGCCAGUUUAUAUACCAGACACCUAGUGUCUUUUCAAUAGAGCACAUGGAGUCUGUUUACAUGUACGUGGCUUUGAAUGAAUGCAUAAGACGACAUCUAUUAUCAGAUAUAAAGUCCAACAAGCAGGAAGUCAUUAGGGCACACUUUUAACAACAGCUGUGUUGUAAAAUACCGAUGUACAAUAAAAUCUGACCUAAACUGAAAUUCAACCUUUUGUUUUUG